UCAGCCCUUCCUGUCAGUCUGAGCUUAGGCCCAAGGUGUUUCAGAUCCAUUACUUGUGUUAAAUAUAUUCCGAAUUCCUGCAAGGACUCAGACCCUGUCUCCUAUAAAAGUGCUCCAUUCAUUGGAAAUGAGAUGAACUGGGAAUUAGAUGGACUCUGUGAAAGGAAGACUCAACAUAGACAAUGGGAUGAAGGAAUUUGGUUGAUUUGAUGGCUUCUCGUUCCAAUUGGUCUUAAACUCUCUGCUGUUCCCUGAAAGAUGCCUUUUCUGGCCUUGAUGUGAUUGGAAUUAAUCUGUUUCUGGAAUUACUCCUAGAAGAACUUGUGAACGGUCCCUGUAACCAUGGCAACAAUGAGUUCAGGCCUUGAAAAAUCCAGAACAACUCAACCCACUGACCCCCAGCCUGGUAACCAAGGACAACUGCCCUCUGACCCCCAGCCUGGUAACCAAGGACAACUACCCUCUGACCCCCAGCCAGGUAACCAAGGACAACUGCCCACUGACCCCCAGCCUGGUAACCAAGGACAACUGCCCUCUGACUCCCAGCCUGGUAACCAAGGACAACUGCCCUCUGACCCCCAGCCUGGUAACCAAGGACAACUACGCUCUGACCCCCAGCCUGGUAACCAAAGACAAAUGCCCUCUGACCCCCAGCCUGGUAACCACGGAAAACUACCCUCUGACCCCCAGCUUGGUAACCAAGGACAACUGCCCUCUGACCCCCAGCCUGGUAACCAAAGACAACUGCCCUCUGACCUCCAGCCUGGUAACAAAGGACAACUGCCCUCUGACUCCCAGCCUGGUAACCAAGGGCAAACAUCCCCCACCCCUCAGGACACUCCAUUUGGGAUUUUUGCUCCUCAACCUCCUCCACUACCACCCCUUCCCCCACCUCUGCCCCCUCUGCCGCCCCCACCUCCACCCCCACCUCCCCCCCCUCCUGGACCUGGGCCCCCACCGCCUCCCCCUCCUGUGGGAGGGAUUCAGAGAUCCAGAGUGACUCGACGUUCCACACUCCGGAAGUUUAAUUGGGAAGCCCUUCCUCAGAACCGUGUAGUUGGGAAACAGAACAUCUGGACUGUUGAGAAAUGUCCGGAACAUUUUGCCAUUGACACUGAGAGAAUGGAGGAGCUGUUUGGCCGUAGGGAUGACCAGAAAACACUAAGUGUCCGGAGGAGCUUCCGAGCAAAUUCUCCCCAGAGAAACGGAGUGGAACAGGUCUCCAUCUUGGAUGCCAAGAAGAGUAUGAACCUUAGUAUAUUCCUGAAACAAUUCAAAAGAUCCGUGGAGAGUAUUCUGGAUGAUAUUCGGAAUGGAGAAGGAGCUUCUUAUGGAGCUGAGAAACUAACAGAACUCCGUAAGCUGCUGCCUGAGAAGGAGGAGGUGAAGAAGUUUCAACAUUUUGAUGGAGACCGGGAUCGUCUCUGUGACUCGGAUCGCUUCGUACUGCUGAUGCUGGAGAUCUCCAGUUACGAGGAGCGAGUGGAGAGUAUGAUCCUGAAGGAAGAGUUUGGACCUCGGCUGGAGGGGCUGCGCCUCGGGCUACAGACCAUGACUGAGGCAGCUCAAGAGCUGAUGGACUGUGACGAGCUUCACACAGUGAUCAGGCUUGUUCUGAAAGCUGGGAACUACAUGAAUGCAGGUUCUUACACUGGGAAUGCUGUUGGUUUCCGAAUGAGCUCGUUACUGAAACUCGCUGAAACCAAGGCAAACUGCCCGGGAAUGAACCUGAUGCAUUUUGUCACGAUGGAAGCGGAGAAGAACGACAGGAUGUUGUUGGAAUUCCCGAACAAGCUGCGGAAUCUCGGGGCAGCAUCCAGGUUAUUCAAACAGGAACUGGAGAGUGAGUUUGAGAAACUGAAACAGAAACUUCAUCUGGUGAAAGGAAACCUGGAUAAACACCUGGAGAUCCGACAGCAAAUGGAAACCUUCAUCCAGAAGGCAGAGAAGCAGCUGGAGGAAGUCCAGGCCUCAGUGACUGAGCUGCAGGUGGUGAGUCAGCAACUUGCUGAAUAUCUCUGUGAGGAUGAAGAGAAAUUCAAACUGGAGGAAUGCUGCCAAAUCUUCCAAAAUUUCAGAGAGAAAUUCAUCAUAGCGACACAGGAGAACAAGCAGCGUGCUCUGUUGGAGAGGAAACGUCGAGAGAGGGAGAAGGAGGAGAAAAAAGCGAAGCGGAUCUCGAUUGCGAGCUGCUCUCACACGGAGAAGGGUCUGGGAGGUGGCGAUCUGGAGUCACUGCUGCGUAAUAACCAGAACUCAUUUCGGCAGAGGAGCAGCCAACAGGGAGAAGGCUCAAUCCCCAGGAGCCAGUCGCUGAAGCAGAUUCGGGCAAGAAGCGAACAAAGUGAUUCACGAAAUGGCUCCCUAACCCGGGAUGAUGCUCAGAGGCUGAGGGAAGUUUCUAAGAAACUGCUUGGUUUCCAGGUUGGAGCUGGGAACUCCGGGCAGCGUCUCAAACAGAACAAAUUCGCCCAGACCUUGCGAAUCUCUGAGGAAUACUGUGAGCCGGCCAAGAGCAGCACUACCCACAGUAAUGGGCAUGCAGAGGUGGGUCAGGAGCAAGAGGAAAGCCUGCUGGGAUCUGGGGGAUCAGGAGUCCCUGCCGUUGGUGAGUCAGAACAGUCUGGGAGCCUGGAGCCAGCAGCAACCCUGCAGACUGGCAGUUUGGUCCCAGUAAAAGCCCAGCAGCCUGGCAGUUUGGACCCAGUAAAAGCCCAGCAGCCUGUCAGCCGGCCGUAUUCCCUCUCUGGAGGCUUCCUGAUGGAAAUGGACAAGGAGUCAGGAUUUGGGGCAGGACGUUUAGCUGGGAGCUGUACCCCUGACCCCGGAAUGACUCCCUCACAGUCUGAUGCGACUGCAUUCGCUCUCGCUGGGAAUACUCCCAAUUCCGAAAAAGAGCAGAAACAAUUCUCUUCAAACCUCCCGGCUGAAUCUCAUCGUCCAGCAUCCUCGUCAGCCAGGGCCUUCCGGAAAGAUCUCUCCCACAGUUUCUCUGGAGAGAAACCUCGGCCUGCAGCCAGGAAACGAUCCCUCACUCGAGGUUUCUCUGUGGACAAGGUGCCCUCAUCUCCAGCUGUCAGGAAACUCUCUACCACCGCUACAUUCAAAUCUGUGAAGCCUAUCACAGCCAACAAACCAACCCAGAAAGAUGAUGCAAAGGCAGAAGAGUCCCACACUUGGAAGUUUGCCAGUUUCUUCAGCAAAAGAACUAGCAAAGCAUCAAUGGGGGAGGGUGCCUCGGAUGGGAGAGUGAAAAAAGAGGUUCUAGAAAGCCCUAGUCACAGCACUAACUCCUUGGCCAACUUUUUUAAACGUUUCAGUGACAGCAAAACAACUAAACUCAAAAAUCCAUCAAAUGCCGCCAUAGUCUCACGCACAGAUGAUGGGAGUGAGCCAUCUUAACCUCUGUGUGUUAUAGGUAGAGGGGAGGGGGGAGGGAUACAUGGGAGUUAGAUCCUCGCUGCUGUCCUGUCAAUGGCCUGAACAGAAAUGCAGGAUGCAUUGGCUUUGUCAAUGCCCAUCAACAAAUAGUUGGAAUUUCAUUGAGUAUCCUAACGUGUGUGAUGUCUCCAAGUGGAUUGGAGAGGGCUGAAGGUCAGUUGUCCCGGGAGUGACUGGUAGGGAAUGUCCAUCACUCUCCAAAUGAGGUGACAGCUGGAAAUGGACUAAUGCAGUGGGAGAUUGGGAAUUCUGUUGAAGACGGAGCUGGUCAAUGAGUGGGGAACAGACAAUGAUGGUUGAUCUCCUCUCCAUUGAUUGGCCCAGAGGAAGAUGGUUUGAAGAGGAGCCAGAUAAUAAUGAACAAAGAACAAGAGUAGGCCACUCAGCCCUUCGAACCUACCCCAUCAUUGAAUAAUAAUUCAUAGCCGAUUUGAAAUUAACCUGAAUUCCGAUAUAUCUGUGAGAAUCUCUCAUCCCCUUGGUCAUAAAGAGUCUGUCUAUUCUGCCUUGAAGUGAUAACGCCUCCAAUUACCAUCCACCUGUUGAUGGAAGAUCAGAAUUUAUGAGACUUUAAGAUGUGCUAUGUUUUUGACAGUUCAGUGAAUGUGGAGUGAAUUUUGUCAUACGUCACAUUUCAAAAUGUCAUAUUGGGACGUGGAGAGAUUGUCUUGAGAACAUGAAGGUUGUUGGUGUCUCCAGGCUCAGAGACUGACUUGAGUCUUCACUGAUGUCAGGGCAGUAGGGAGCGUACCCUCAUUCAUGCUACCAGCUGGUCACUUCAAGCUGAUCAGAUGACAAAGGAUUUGCUGAGGGAUUCACCAAAGAGGGACUGCACAAAUAGGUUUCUGUAUUGUAUAAUGUGGAUUAACCCACGGUCAGGAAUCCAGUGUGUUACAAUGAAGCAUCUUCUAUUGAGCAUGGUAUCUCAUACAUCCAUCCAUCACUUUCCUGUUAUUACCACAUUCGUAAUAUUUUUAAUGUAAGCUGUCACGAUGGAAUCCUAACAUCCCACCAAUGACAGUUCUUGUUGGAAUGUAAGUGUUGAAUUUAUAAUGAA